AGGCACAGGUGGUAUCCCAAGUCGUUUUCCAAAUGGAAAGAAAGACCAAAUGUCCAAAGUUAUGCCAGGUUCAAUGUAGCCGCCGGAGAGUUUUCUUUUCCUCCAAGGUGGGAGCCACCCUCACUGGGCACCACAUUUCCUUUCUGACGAUUCACGCUUCAAAAACAUUGACCACUUUCCUUCUUAAACCCCAAAGUCCCGCACUUUCCUUCUGCAAUGGCUUUCUCGGAGUUCAGGCCGCUGGACGAGAAGUCCCUGAUUGACUACAUAAAGGCCGUGCCUUCCCUCUCCUCUAAGCUUGGCAACAACCUCGAUGGCCUCAAGAUUAAAGAGGUCGGCGAUGGCAACCUCAAUUUUGUUUACAUCGUCGUCGGUCCGGCCGGUUCUCUCGUCAUCAAGCAGGCUAUCCCAUACAUUCGUUGUAUAGGGGAAUCUUGGCCGUUGACGAAGGAACGAGCAUAUUUUGAGGCACUGGCACUGAGAGAGCAUGGGCGCUUAAGUCCUGAGCAUGUGCCUCAAGUUUACUAUUUUGAUCGUACCAUGUCUUUGAUUGGCAUGCGUUACUUGGAGCCUCCACAUAUAAUCCUGAGAAAAGGGUUGAUUGCUGGGAUCGAGUACCCCUUGUUGGCUGAACACAUCUCAGAAUACAUGGCAAGGACUCUUUACUUUACAUCCCUCCUUUAUCGUUCCACCACGGAGCACAAAUGUGCUGUUGCUGAAUUUUGUGGGAACGCAGAGUUAUGCAGGCACACUGCGCAGGUUGUUUUUUCUGACCCGUACAAGGUUUCUCAAUAUAAUCAUUGGACUUCCCCUUAUCUUGAUCGUGAUGCUGAGGCUGUUCGGGAGGAUAAUGUUUUGAAGAUUGAAGUUGCUGAGUUGAAAUCUAAGUUUGGUGAGAGAGCACAGGCUCUUAUACAUGGAGAUCUCCACACUAGUUCUGUCAUGGUUACUUGUGAGUCAACUCAAGUUAUAGAUCCAGAAUUUGCAUUCUAUGGGCCUAUGGGUUUUGACGUUGGAGCAUUUCUUGGAAACUUGAUUUUGGCUUUUUUUGCACAAGAUGGACAUGCUGAUCAAGUGAAUGACAGAAAGACAUAUAAGGAGUGGAUUUUGAGGACGAUUGAAGAGACUUGGAAUCUUUUCCACAAGAAAUUCAUUGCACUUUGGGAUGAACACAAGGAUGGUUCUGGUGAGGCUUAUCUUCCUUCAAUAUAUAACAAUCCUGAGCUUCAGGGGCUUGUGCAAAAGAAAUUUAUGGAAGAUUUGUUCCAUGACACCCUUGGAUUUGGUGCUGCCAAAAUGAUAAGGAGAAUUGUUGGAGUGGUAAAUGUUGAGGAUUUUGAUUCAAUCACUGAUGCUAGCAAACGAGCAGAUUGUGAACGCCGGGCUCUUGAGCUGGCAAAGUUUCUUCUCAAGGAAAGGAGAAAAUUCCAGUCCAUUACUGAAGUUGUUUCAGCCAUUCAAAAACUACAUGCCAUUUGAAUUAAGAAAUUUAGAUUUAGCUCAGCGAGUUUCUGAAUGUAUUGUUUUUAUUUAUUUUUAAAUAAGGGUUUAUUAAUUGGCAUUGCCACGUCAGCAUGAUAAGAUAAUUGGAAGAUAAAUUACUCAAUUUUUAAUUAUCCUUGACUAUUGGGAGCUAGCUUGUAAAGCUGAAUACUUGUCUUCAGAAAACAUGUUGUCAUCCCUUGUAAUAGAUUCACAAAUAUAUCAAAUCCAAGAUCA